AGGAGGGGCGAGGGAGGAAGCUGGCUUCCUGAAGCGUCCUCAGCCCUCAAAGACCGACCAACAGACAGACAGACAGCUGGCAAGAGGCGGCCUGGAGGCCACGGCUGCCUCAGUGAACCUCAUGGCUGCGUGAGCCUCCCCCGGGCCAGCACCCAGCCCAGCAUGGUCCAGGACUGGGGGGGGUGCUCGAGAGCACGGCCGCCGACCUGGUCUUUGUGGGGAGCCAUGACCCAGCCGCCACCCAGCAAAGCUCCGGCCAAGAAGCACGUGCGGCUGCAGGAGAGGCGGGGCUCCAACGUGGCUUUGAUGCUGGAUGUGCGGUCCCUGGGGGCCGUGGAGCCCAUUUGCUCGGUGAACACGCCCCGGGAGGUCACCCUGCACUUUCUGCGCACGGCUGGACACCCCCUCACCCGCUGGGCCCUGCAGCACCAGCCGCCCAGCCCCAAACAGCUGGAGGAGGAAUUCCUGAAGAUCCCCUCGAACUUCGUCAGCUCUGAAGACCUGGACGUCCCUGGCCACGCCUCCAAGGACCGCUACAAGACCAUCCUGCCGAAUCCCCAGAGCCGCGUCUGCCUGGGCCGGGCACAGAGCCAGGAGGACGGAGACUACAUCAACGCCAACUACAUCCGAGGUUAUGACGGGCAGGAGAAGGUCUACAUUGCCACCCAGGGCCCCAUGCCCAACACUGUGUCGGACUUCUGGGAGAUGGUGUGGCAGGAGGAAGUGUCACUCAUCGUCAUGCUCACUCAGCUCCGGGAGGGCAAGGAGAAAUGUGUCCACUACUGGCCCACGGAAGAGGAGACCUAUGGACCCUUCCGGAUCCGCAUCCAAGACACCAAAGAAUGUCCAGAGUACACUGUGCGGCAGCUCAGCAUCCAGCACCAGGAGGAGACCCGGCCAGUGAAGCACGUCCUCUUCUCCGCCUGGCCUGACCACCAGACCCCGGAGUCGGCGGGGCCCCUGCUGCGCCUGGUGGCCGAGGUGGAGGACAGCCCAGAGGCGGCUGCCAGCACCGGCCCCAUCGUGGUCCACUGCAGUGCAGGGAUUGGCCGGACCGGCUGCUUCAUCGCCACCCGCAUUGGCUGCCAACAGCUGAAGGCCCGAGGGGAAGUGGACAUUCUGGGCAUCGUGUGCCAACUGCGGCUGGACAGGGGCGGGAUGAUCCAGACCACGGAGCAGUACCAGUUCCUGCACCACACCCUGGCCCUGUAUGCGGCCCAGCUGCCGGAGGGGCCCUGCCCCUGACUCCGGGUGCCCUCCACCAGCCCAGAGGCCAAAUUCCCCCAGGCCUGGGUGGGGUGCGGGGGCUGGGAACGUGGGCCUCGUGACCUGAGGGACCCCUUGGAGGGGCGUGGGGAGGGCUGCCCCGCUCAGUGGACUCGCGCGGCCACGGGAGGCUGCAGCAGACUCAGGGCUUUAGCAGGGCCGCCCUUCUGCUUCCGCUAGCGGCCCCAAACGGACGCUUGGGGGACCUCCCGUGUCCCUCUGGGCUUCGAGCGAGGAGCCGGCAUUUAGGACAGCUGAGAAAGGAGCCCAGGUGUCCGGGUCCUGCCCACAGCGCUCCGCGAGCUUCAUCUCUGGGACGUGGACAUUAGGUGCCUCCCUGCCAUGGCGAAAGCAAUGGGAGAAGCUCCCAGGAGCCGCGCCAGCUGUGCCCCCGUCCUGGGGCCGGCGAGACAGUGACCCAAGACCAUCGGCUGCCUGGCCCUGCCCAAGCACAGGCCGGAUGCCGGAGAAGCCUGGUCCUGACCGUGGCCACGUUCCCAGCAUCCCCGCAGGGACUGUCUCCUCGCCCCACACCUGCGAGGGCUGGAUGCCGCCCACCGAAGGGCAACAAGGCCCCAGAGCGCCCCUGUGCCCACACUGGAGUCCUGGGAUCAGGCUCCAGGGCUGACCAGGCCAGGCAGUCGGAUCCUCUGGAAGAGGGGAGGCGUGGGGACCCCUCAGAAGUCCAGCGGGGUCCUUGCCUCCGUAAUUGCCAGCCGCUCACCCCAGCUGCUCCGUGGGAGGGCCCAGCAUCUUCGUUCUUCCUUCCACGACCUCAGGAGAGCCCUCGGGAGCAGGAGGUACGAAGGAAUGAGGAGAAAGGACGAAACAAAGGGCUUGGCCUGAUUUUAGAAAGGCAGCCGCCUGCCCCUGCCCCUGCCCCUGCCCCCGGCCCCCUGCGUUUGCAGAGCGCGCCUGGAGAGCCUGGCCGUUUCCACAGCAAGUCGGGGUGAAAGCGCUCCCUGCGGACCUGGGGCCUCAGGCUAAUUCGGGAUCCCUCCGAGUCUAUCUCAGAGAGCGAACGCCCUUCGGCACCUCAGUAUCAGCACAGUUUCCAGGGCACCCACCAUCGAUCUCAGGGCUCACCUGCACGCCCCAGGGAGACCUCCGGUCCUUCAUCCUCGAAUCCAAGGUGCGCUGCUCGUGGGGGUGAAGGAAGGCGCCACCCUCCGGGCGCUCAGCCCCCAGGGGCUGCCUUUGCUGAUGCCGGUUCGGGAGCCCCCCAAGGAGCUGGAGCCUGGAGAACAGCCCAGUCUCCCCGUGCAUGACGCCCCUUCUGAAGAGCGUGCAGUGUGGACACUGAGGUUCAUUUUCUUCAUGCUUCUGCUUGGUCUCACAACGGAAUCUCUCCUUCCUUGCAGCCCCGGGAGCCGGCUCCCCGGCCCCCCAACCUUCCCUGCGCCCGAUGGGAGGCACGCACAGGCUGUGCCUGCCCGGAGAGCGGGGCAGGAGCUCUCAAGUGCCUGAGCCUGCCCAGCUCAGACCGGGCAGGGAGGGAAACAGAGGCGUGAGCGUGGGCCCGCAGGCUCCCCUCCCCGGCGUGCCGCCCCCACCCCUUCUAGAACUUAGCACACGCUCUGGAGAAGGGACCGAG